UGGUAUAGAGUGCUACUUUAUAGUUUCUAGAUUUCUUUCAAUCUCAGAAACUCCGAAUUCUGAAACAAUCGAAGUUAUUCCAAAUUCAGCUGGUUGGCGGUUUCAGAACGUUAGAAUUGAACAAUCUGGGUUUCGAUAAAUUGAAUCUGGAUAGAAAAAAUAUAACCAAAUUAUACCGUGGUAAACAGAGAAUUUACUAAACAUAACCUAUUUAUAGCUGGAUAAAAGUGUCAUUUGUUAGUAAAAAUCUAUUUGAAAAACUUCCUAUGUAUUACGUGAUAUAAAAUUAGUAAUAUAUAAAGGUAAUGUCUUCGGUUUAAUAAUAGAACAACUCAACCCUGCAUAGUUCAGCUUCGUCUCAUAAUAUAAGUCAGAAAUGACUUUUAUUCUAGUCUGAUUCAACUAGGGAAAAUUUACUCAUAAAAAGCAAGGAAGAAGCAUGGAAACUAAUACACAAAUUCCAAACUCUAUUGUCUCAGAGAACAAAAGGAGAGAACAGAAAUAUCGCAAAAAAGAUUCUAGAUCUUGGUAUAAUAUAUCGAAAACCUUAGCAGAAUUGAGUGAUGCUGAAAAAGUAGCUGUCGUUGAAAAGAAGUACAUUGAAUUAUAUAAUGAACUACGCACAUAUGAAGUCGAACAUCAAGAAGUGAUAGCUAAGUACCAGUUACUAUCAAAAGAAAAAGACCACAUUUCAAAUGAGUUAGCAAGGAGUAUGGACAUAAGAACGAGGCUAGAAAGUGUGUGCAGAGAACUCCAGAAACAGAAUAAAACUAUCAAGGAAGAAAAUGCUUUGAAGCUGAAACUGGAAGAGGAUAGAAGGAAAGAAGUGACUUCUCAAUUCCAGAGGACCUUGAAUGACAUUAAUGCAAUGAUGGAUGAGAACCAAAUCACCAAUAUGAAAUUACAGGAUGACAAUUUAGAUAUGUCAGUGAAAAUAGCUGAAUUAUAUAAACAGUUUGAAACUAGAGAAAGUGAUUUAAAGAAGCUCAACAAACAAAUGGAGUUGGAGAAGCAACUAGCUAAAGCCACCAUCGCCAAAGCUGAAUAUGAACUCAAAGCAGAAAGAGAACUUUGGAAAAAAGAAGUGCAAUAUCAUCAAGUAGAAUUAGCAAAGAGUAAAUCUGAUUGCCAAGUUUUGGAAAAAACUAUUAAGAAACUUGAGGAGCACAUAAAUGUUUAUAAAGAGCAGUAUGAUAACUUUGAAGGUACACUCAGUAAAAGUAAUAAAAUGUUCGAAGACUGCAAGGAUGAAAUGCUGAAAAUGACAAGGAAAAUUUCAACACUUGACAAAGAUGCCCUCAACUGGAAAAAAAGAUUUGAAAAUGCUGCUCAAACAAUCGUACAGCUAACAACUGAUAAACAUCAGCAGGAAAUAGAAAAUAUCAAUACGAAUAAAAAAUUACAACAAUUACAGAAACUCUGCAGGCAGUUGCAACUCGAUAGGGCAUGUUAUUUGAAACUUCUCAAAGCAAAUAAAAUUGAGCCUGUCUCAGAAAUUAUCGAGGCUGAACCUGCUGACGUUCCAGAAAAAUGUUCGAAGAAAGAAAUUGAACUCAAACAUCUCCAAAGCGAGUUGAAGUUUAUUCAGUCUCAAUUGAACUUAGUUGACAAAAUCUCUAACUCUGAAAAUACUCAGACCACGACGCCAGUAGCUGCAGAAAAACCAAAUGAAGCCAAACCUUGAGGUCGAUCAUUUCAUAUAGUUUGAAUUUGAGACUUUAUAUUUGUUAGUAUUAGUAUUUUUCUCCAAUUAUGUUCGAUUGAUUUAAUUUUUUUCUCGUGUUUUAUUUAAAAGCUUUUAUAUGUUUAUUUAUGAAAGAAAAUAUGUUUCCUUUCUGAUGCUGUACACUAACACUUGAUUUUCUUGCCUGUGAAGGGUUUUACCAGUAUUUUUUUAUACAAUAUUUGUGUAUGUUUUAUUUUUGUGAACUGUCACAUGAGUGUCUUUGAAAAUUCAUUGGUCCUGAUGUAACCUUUUUUUAUUUCAUUAGAUAUUGGAAAUAAUGGUAUGAUUUUCGAUUUGGUCCUAACAUACAUUGAUAGUUUUCAAUCUUUAAAAGGAAAAACAGAAUUAGAAAUUUCGUUUGAUUAAAUUUCUCAUCUUUUCAAUUAAAAGGCAUCCUACAUGUAGGACUAAUUUGAACUAUAUUUCACAAUAUAAUCUCAUCUGUAUCCUUUUAAUUUGAAUGAGCUGCACUGGUUUUGAAUCAGUUAACUAUAGUAUAAAUGUCACUUUAAUUCUUAUACACUAGGCCUCUUCGAAUAUUGGUGCUACUGUGCUGAUACUAUAAUGAAUAUUAAAAACAGUUUGAUCUUGUUCUUUGAUGGAAAAAAGAUCAAUUUAAAUGAAUGCAAAUAUCGUAAUAAAAUAAUAAUAAUAUUAUGAUUGUUUAGAUGGAUGUAUACUCUUCUUAGUAAUCUUUUUAUAGGUAGUCAGGACUUUGUAUAAUUUUUAAAUGGAAAAUCAUUAAUUUGGUGCAAAUUAUAUUCAUAUUUCAUGAAAAAUGAACUGAUGUGUUUGUAACUGAAUUUUCAAUUGAAUAAAAGAAAAUCUAGGUACACGGAAAAAAGGCACAAUUGAAAAAUUAGUGAAUAGUAUUUUAUGUACACCAUUUUUUCAGAUUUCAUUUCAAUUUUUCUUGCAACACUAUUCUUGCACAACUAUCAAUUUUUUUACAUAACUUUUGAAUUAUUGCUAUCCCUGAUACAGGGUAAUCUUAUUUGAAUUCAUUUAUAUCUUCAUAAAGGUAAUUUUUUUCUAUUGGCAUUAGUCUAUACAUAUAAUGUGUCGUUGUAUGUUAGAAAACGGCAGAUGAAUUAAUUAUUAGGUGUAUUACAGCACACUUAUCUACAAAAUAAAAUAUUUCUCAAAGUGUGAUUCAUUCUUAAGACUGGAUGAAUGAGAAAAGAUAUCCAAGCUUCCCUCUUGAUGGUUGGAUUAUUUGAUGAAGGACCUUUAACUGUUUUCAGAUGUAUAUAUUGGCCUUUGAGGAAGGUUCUACUGGACCAAAAUCUUUCUAUAAUCCGAUAAUUGAUGUAAUAUGGUUUAUCCCAAACGCUGUAAAAAAUCUGGAAUCAAUAAAUUGAAUUUUAAUAUAA